UUUUUUUUUUUUUUCAUUUAUCCCGUGUCUGCCCCAUCGUCGUCCUAAUGGUAAGCGAUGCUGGCAAAUUUAGUUACAUCCAGGGAUUUCUGGGACUACUCUCGAGGAAUAAGCGGCAUGAGAAUAAUCCGCUGGCUCUAAAUCCUGGCUCUACUGACGGCUCUCACCAGCUAUCAUCUGCUUUGACACCACCAAUCACCGGGAUUUGGGGGAUGAAGAUGGACGAGACGAAGCCAGAUGCAACCGCCGAGGAGUUGAAAAUCGAAUAAUCGAUUUCAUUGAUCGCCUGCCUAAGUGCCUCUACGCGGCGUAGUUACCGUACAGCAGGCGGCUUGGACGGCUGCCAGCAUGGGCUUUGAUAACGUUAGACUCCUGGCGCUAAUUUACUCUCCAA